AUGAAGCCCACCCAAUUAGCCGCCGCGCUUGGUAUUAGGUGUCCCCCGCCGCGCGAACCGAAUUUAAUGUGACGCAGAGAGUGUUACUGGGCGCUGCGAUGGUGAAGAACGAAGCGGAGGAAGGGGGGGCGCUCACACAGCCUCAUGCUCGACACAUAAAGAAGAAAGCUCUAAAGAACAAAGCUCUUUCUGUUUCUUUCAAUGAGAAAGACUUGAGGGACUAUGUAACUGGAUUUCACAAGAGGAAGAAGAAAAGGAGAAAGGAAGCGGAAAAGCAACAAGAGGAAGCUAAGCGGCGGAAGCGCAUCGAAGAACGCAAAAAGAGAAAAAUAGAAAAAGAUCUGGUGCUACAUGGCGGUGUUCUACCAGCUGACCGGCCAGUUGAUGAGCAGAACGAUGAUCUCAAGGACGGGGAUGAGGAUGAGGAAGAGAAGCCAUUGGCACCAAUUUCUGAGACAACAAUGUAUGACAGUGGAAACAUCAAAGUCACUGUGACAACAAGUGAGGUACGUCGUGACGAAGAAAUUGAUCCCAUUGACAAGCCACAGGCAUCAACAUCCCAACUUCUUGCAAAGGAUAAGAAGCACAGCCUGCCAAUUACCAAAAAGAAGCCAUUCAAGAAAGUUGCAAGAAAGAAGUCAAGGUCAAAGUCCCGUAGUAAAACAGACAAAAAGAAAGGAAGGAAAAAGAAAUAGGUAAUACUAAAAGCUUUUUGCUCACUCUUUUCUAAAUCUGCAAUGUAAUGACUUAUAUGUUAUCUCUUGAGAAUAGGGUGUGAUCUUGAGAAUGGGCUGGUAGGGGGUUUGAGGGUUUUGUAUUACUUUGUAAAAGGUUGGCCAUUUUGCAAACUGAAAGUGCAAUUUUCUUUUUUAUGAGAAGCUGAAAUGAUUCUCUCAUUA